AUGAGUUUCUCCUAGCACUGGGUAGUUUUCAUUCUGUCAAUAGACAGUAAACAAAUAUAAUGAUUAGGAUGAUAAGUUAAAUUGUAUGUCAUGUAGAGGGCUUUCAGUAUGGGAGUGUCUUCAAAAAUGUUGUUCCAGCACUUGGUCUCAAAAACUAGUACUUCUACUGCCCUACAAAGCUGAACAGUGUAGUGAUUUCCAGACUCAAUUAACAAUUCACAUAAAUACUUGGGAUGGAAACAUUAAGAACUGGAAAACAAAUCUUAUGACAUCUUGUUUCUAAGGAACUUGCUACUGCCAUGGCAUUGUGAAAGUUUGUCACUUGAUUUUUAAAUGGUAAUUUUCUCCUAAUUGUUUUUGUUUAGUGCUUUGAGAUCAUUAAUAUUAUUGUUAAAGAAAAAUACUUAUAUUGUACAAAAAACUCUGCACCGAAGGCUGGAGGCUACUCAUCUUAUCCUGGCACUCAUCUGUCUUGCCAGUUUUGAGACUUUUUGUGGUGACAUCAUCCAGAAAGAAUCACUCAUAUUGCCUUCAGGAAAUGGCCUCUCCUAAAUCUUUGCUGAGUCUCGUAACCUUCACUUUUGGGUCAGCAAUAGGAUUUUUCUUAUGCUAUGUGCUAUUUAGUAUAGUGCUAGAAGAACAAGUUGAGAUCCAUCCUCAUGUUCUUCACAAUGAUCCUCACGGUGAGCACAUAGAAGAAACUGGAAAUAAUCAGCUGGAGGGACAAAUGAACUUCAAUGCAGAUGCUGGGCAGCAUAAAGAUGAAAACAAACUUAUUGCUGAUGACUUGUAUCAGAAGGUCAAAAUACUCUGUUGGGUCAUGACUGGGCCUCAGAAUCUAGAGAAGAAAGCCAAACAUGUUAAAGCCACUUGGGCGCAGCAUUGCAAUAAAAUAUUAUUUAUGAGCUCUGAGGAGAAUAAAGAUUUUCCAACCGUGGGCCUAGAAGCCAAAGAAGGCAGGGACCAAUUGUAUUGGAAAACUAUUAAAGCUUUCCAGUAUGUACAUGAUCAUUAUUUUGAUGAUGCUGACUGGUUUAUGAAAGCAGAUGAUGAUACAUAUGUCAUAUUGGAUAAUUUGAGGUGGCUUCUUUCAAAAUACAGUCCAGAACAACCAAUAUACUUUGGAAGAAGGUUCAAGCCUUAUGUGAAACAGGGCUACAUGAGUGGAGGAGCAGGAUAUGUACUGAGCAAAGAAGCUCUAAAGAGAUUUGUUAAUGCAUUUAAAACCAACAAAUGUUCUCAUAGCUCUUCUAUUGAAGACCUUGCACUUGGAAAAUGCAUGGAGACUAUUAACGUAGAAGCUGGAGAUUCAAGGGACACAAGUGGUAAAGAAACUUUUCAUCCCUUUGUGCCAGAACAUCUCUUAAUCCGAGGAUACCUACCAAAGACAUUUUGGUAUUGGAAUUAUAAUUAUUAUCCUGCUGUGGAGGGUCCUGGUUGCUGCUCAGAUCUGGCAGUUUCAUUCCACUAUGUUGAUCCCACAACUAUGUAUCAAUUGGAAUAUCUGAUUCAUCAUCUCCGUCCAUAUGGUUACCUCUAUCGGUAUAACCCCGACUCUCCCAAGAGCCUAGAAAAACAAAGCAAGAGUGAAGCAAUGGGUAGCGAUGCAAAAGAUAAAGUGGAAAACCCCUGAAAAUUAAUCAGACUCUUUAUCAACAGUGAAGUGGAUAAUAGUGCACUGAAAGAAGUAUUGUGGAAUGGUGAGCUAUUUCAUUUAGCUCAGACAGAACACUGGAAUUACUAUUGGUGAUUCUUUGAAAUCAGAUUGUCUUACUGAAAGGCUGCAGACCAUAGGUUGCAAUACAAUGGCUUUUAUUUGUUGAGGUAGUAGGACUUUUCUUAUAGGUGGGUCUUCAGAAUCCAGUCCUAUAGCUUUAAAGUGAGCUGUGAAAUCGUAGUUAUGAUACAGUAAUCUAUACUAGAAAAAUGUAUUAAAAUGAAUGGCGGGUGGCCAGGUUCAAGUAUGAUCACACAGUGUUUCUGUUCCUUUAUUCCUUGCAGUUCUUAUUCCCAUUCUGUUGGGUUAGUGCUAGUAUUAGAAAUCAAAUCUUGUGCUACACAGGCUGAGCUCUUUGAGAUGCUGAGGAUACUGAAGAAAUUUGAUGUAAAAGAGCUGACCCUGAGAAGAUACUAAGUAACCACUUUGCCUUUAAAAGGACAGACUUCAGAUCAUUUGGUAUAAACAGGUAUGCCAAAUGUUCAGGUUCACCAACUGAUCUGAAGGAUUAUUUGCUUGUUUCAUGAUUGAAAUGAUUUAUUUACUUCAGGCUUCAGUAUAAAUUUCCACUGAAGACUGCUCCACAAAGUUGCCACCAAAUUGGCUUGUUGAAGUCCGAGUAGGGAAAAACACAGCAGUAAUUAGAUUGUAUACCUUGAAAUAGGUUGAGGAGACAGGUAUAGUAUGGGCAGAUAUGAACAUUUUUUUUUUUUUUUUUUUUUUUUGCUCAUGAUAUAACCUAUAGCUUGAAUGGGCAUAAAUUAAAAACCAGAACUUCUCAACCAGCGUUAACUAGAAGUUGAUCUGUUACAAACUCAAGUCCAUCCCUCUGUUCAUUGCAUUACCAAACAACUUUUUCUUUCUUUUGGUUUGCAAUCGGUAAAUGUUUGCUGCAUAAAACAUGGCACUUAAGCAGUAGCACCUGAAUAAUUCUUCAACUUGCCAAGUUCUUCUAUUGGUUUAUUUCCAUUUAAAUUAGAUAUUUGCUUUACUCUUAGUUUUGUCAUUUCGUUUAUUUAUGGAGUCUAUCCCGAUGGAAUAGGUCCCAUUUUAGAUAACAGCAAGGUUCUUAUUUUAUAGGGGGUUUUUUAAUGUUUCCAAAAAAAUCCAUUAUUUAUUUGCACUUCUUUCUGAAAUUUUAUCUACAUUUUCAUUGUGGCCUACUCCCCUAAUUCUUCAGUUAGAUUUGCAUCUUUAUUCCUAAAACUAUUGUAAACAUUCCCUGGGUAUAAUGCUUUGUAGAGAAGUUUUAUGUACAGUUGUGUCCUUCUGAAUACAGAAGUCUUCCAAAGGGCUUUAGUCUUACGCACUAGGUGGCUAUGGGAAGUAGCUCUGUGUAUCAGUAAAAUAAUCCACUUAUCUAGGACAAAGAAUGCAUUGUAAUGCACCAAAAAUCCCUCAGUUGGAGAUGAACCCUACUAUAGACUUUUUUUUGUCCCCCUACUUUUUGCCUCAUAGGGGUGCUGACAGACAUGCCGCCCCCCCCCCCCAAAACAAACAAACCAGCACAUGCCCUGAAGUAGAAUCGCAUCAGUUGGACCUGACUCCCCAGCGUCUGUAUAGCUUGCAUGCUUCAGCGGGGUUUUUCGGCACUUUUAUCAAAUAGGUGAUUCAGCUAUUAGGUAAAAGCACCAAAAAGCCUCGUUGAAGCACAUGAGCUACACAGAUGCUGGGCAAGCCGGAUCAAACUGAUGCAUUUCUUCUUCCGGGCAUGCGUUGCACUUGGCGCUGCGAUGCGCUGAGGUGAAAGUAAAGCACUAGGGUUUUUAUUGUUUGUUUGGGAGUUUUCCCAUGUCUGUAAGCAUCCUAUAUCAUUAGUCCAGCUCCAGGGUCUGACUAUCCUGACAUAUCUCUUUAUCUUCAGCCUGUAGUUUUUAGCAGAGGCCUUCCUAACUUUUUUCACUUUUUACCUUCAUCACACUGAGUAUGACCCAAACUUGGCUGCUCUUAGCUACUGUUUUGGUGAUAAUAAUGCUAGAAGGUGGCCUUACUCAGUGUGCCUAAUGUCAGGUGCUGUUAACACCACCAUGAAAAUAUUUCCUGCUGACUCACUUCCAAGGUCAUACACUUUGGGUAUCAAAACACUGGUAUUGUAGCUGCCUUUUGGCAUAUGUGCAGCACCAAUCUCAGAUGGACUUAUUAGAGCAGGGAAGGGUGCAUCUAGCACUAUAUUAGAGAAGAGCAUGAAAAGCAGAUGCUUACUACCAACCAAUAUUAAGUCAGUGUGUUGCAUCAUUUUCUGGCAAGAGAGGGGCUGAACAAUCAGCUUGGUUUGGAGGCCAGCAGGCACUAAGCCCUUGGCCACUGAGCCCUUUCUUCCCAAGACCCAGCGGUGGCAUGGUGGAAGCCCCAAUCUGCCUGUACUGUGCUGCAGCUGGAGGGUACAGAGGUUGCAGUAGGCUGCAGCAUGGUACAGCACAAGCUCCCCCUCCACUGAAGCCCUGGGCACCUAACUGCAGCAUGGUGCGGGGAAAUCCCCCCACCCUCCACAGCUGAAUGGCACAGAAGCCACAGCUUCCUGGGUUGGUUCCAGAGGUUCAGCAGGCAACAUCUGGUCUGUGUACCAUAGAUUGCUGAACUCUGUCAUGGGUCGUGAUUUACUUUAUCUAGCUUCUUCUGUAACUACCUUGUAACAGGAUGGCAGUAACUGCAGUAUCUCAUGAAAAGUGAAGUAAAUAUGUCCACCUUUGCCUCCUGUUUGAAUACAGGGUGUUUCUCUUCCCAGUACAUCAGAUAUUACCAAAUAGUAAUUAAACAAGUAGUUAUGGCAGAAUCAAAGAUUAGUAUUUCAUCAUGAGUAUUUUUUUGCCAGCGCAAUUACCUCAUGUAGACUGGAAGGGAUAACACCUUUACAAAUGUUUGUGAGUUAACCUGUGUAGACUUUUUACGUAGUUUUAAUCUUUUUGAAAAUCUCAUAAAUCUCUGAGGUCCACAGGAGAAUGCUGCUGCUUUACACUUCUUCUGAGCCACAGAAUGCAAUUGAAGUUGAGCAAAAUAUUCCUGCGUGAGUUAAUCAUUAAUUAGUUACAUCAUCUGCAAGAUGCAAGCCAACAGGAUUAUGAAGUUCAAAUGCCAAAAACAUUGAGUUAUAGUGAUUAGUACAUUGUUCAGACUCAACUUCCUUUAAUAAACCACAGAACCUUUAACUUAAAGUUGGUACUUUUUGUUUUAAAAUAUUAUUAACUCUGCCAGUGUGAAAGACCUACAACAUUUUGGCCUGCAUUUCCUCACUACUGCUAGUUCACUUUCUGUUUUUAGUGAGCUUCAGUGUCCUUGACCUACCUCAAGACAAAAAGCAACUUUCUGUCUUGUGGUGUAGCCAGUAAAAUGACUGCCUAGUAUAGGACAUUUAUAUUUAUCCUAUCUCAGUAAAGUAAGGGUGUCAAAGGUGCUGCCUGCAGGCUGCAUCUGGGCCGUGGAUUCCUGUCAUCCAACCAUCAGUGCUGCCCAUAGACCUUGGACCAGCUCUGCAUGUGGUAUGUGGAGUUGUCUGUUGUAUUUGAUCCCGUUUUGGGCACAUGAAAUGCUGUUCCAGGGCACAACAGCCUGAAUCUCAAUUCUGGGCCUGGGGCCAGGCCAGAUCAGGCCCACAGAUGGCCCCUCAUAUGGCGCACGGGGCUGGGACUAACCAAUGUGCUGUGUGCAGACCUAGAGCUGGGGUGCAUACUACUUGUAGGGCCAGUCCAGGACAUACACCGCAUAUGGGACUGGUCAGCAGGGCCAGUCCAGCCUGCAGACCAGCUUCACAUCCCGCAUCUAGUGCAUGGAGCCAGAUGAGUUUCAUACCCCUGCAAUAAAUCAUAAAUGCCUUCUGUAUUGCCCCAACUCUUGGGCUAGGGAAAACUACUGCAUUUGCUGUUCAACAUGUGUUAAGAAAGGAGGGCAGACUUGUACUGCUUUACUGUGCCAGGUUCUUACAAAAAAUUGUUGACUGUUACUUUUUUGUUGUAAGUGCUUCUAUAAUUGGGCUGGUUUUACUCUUGGAUUGUUAUAUUCUUAUUGAAAAAGUAAUUAUGCCUAGAAAACAUCAGCUAGUUUUGUACCUUGGUGCCCAUGUUCAUUUUUCACUUACAAAACAUGUCUGCCUAAUAAAAGUCUGAUGGGAUUUGUCAGAAGAUCUAACAGUACAGCCUUCUUGUAUGGUGUUUUGUAGUGACCAGCCAUUGAUUUCAGCCUCAUGACCUCAGACUUAAAGAGCAAACGUUAGACUGAUUUUUACAGCUUUUGCAGCCCAAGCAAGCUGCUAUAAUGAAUUUUGUGUUGAUGAAUUGCUGUUUUUUAGAAUAUAUGUUUUUGAACCUUAGAGUCAGAGACUGUUUUAUGUCAUAUGGUUCAUUUUUAAUCUUAAAAAAAAGCCUGAGUGCUUUCUUGCAUCAGCAGUUGUUCUGAAAAAAUCCAAUUGUAAAACUGUAAUUUAAAUUUCAUUAAAUUGUUGGAUAGUAGACGUUCUACAAUCCUCAGGGGUUUGUUCUGGGAAUUGGAAUAUUCAUUGCUUGUUGCAGUCUUAGAACUUAAAUGCUUUUUGUUGUUUUUCUUUUUUCUUUUGCUUUCACUCUCUUUCUGCCUUUUCAUCUUUUAGCUCUUCUUCAGUUUCUUUUGGCAUGAGAACAUCCUCAAUCUGUUGUUAUAUGUUUGAGUUCUUAGACUAAAAAUAGACAUCCAGCUUCUCCCAGGACAAAACCUUCUAUUCUGGCAUUCUACAGAUGUAUAAACUCAUUGUUAUUCACCAUAAGUAAAUGUGAAGUAUUGUGUGACAUGCCACACUUUCAAAUUAAAGCAGUUUAAAAUAAACCAGUUUUUAAAUUGUUCUACACCUAUUUUUUUUUUUCUAAGUAACAAAUUUACAGCUCGGCCACUUCUAUUGUUGGAAUUAUUUUUGCAGUGUAGCAUGUCUAAAUUUUUUGUGAAAUUAAUUAUUUAAUUGCAUAAUAGAUGUAAACGAUGUCAGAGCCCUGAGAACUGCCCCCUUCCCCCCACAUUUUUGCAGAUGACUAUUCCACAGCUGUUUUGAUAGGAGUCAAAGCCAGGGACAAGCAGACCUGGGAUAAAUGCCAUGUCUGCUUAGCCUUAUAGCUGAAACUGGUCUUUGCCACUUAAGAGGAAUUGACUAAUUUAGAUUUCUAUCUUUUCCCUCUGUGUUUUUUCCCAGUUUAUCUUGCAGUAUGUUUGCAUAAGAUAAGGUUACCAUAUGUCCAGGUUUUCCUGGACAUGCCCUCCUUUUUUGGCUCCCUGUCCUCGUGUCUGGGUGGAUUUUUAAAAUACAAGCCAAUGUCCAGGUUUUUGCUCUGCCUCCUACUUUCCCUGGGACUAGCAGCUUGGCUGCUUGGGCAAGGUGAUUGGCUGUUGGGGGUCAUGUGCUGUGCUCACCAGGUAAGCAUGUGUGUGUGUGCAUGGGAGCUACAUGGGGGGCAGGGUGCUGUGAGUCCUGAGUGAGGGGCACUGGCAGUGCUGAGGGACAGGGGGCUGGGGGCUUAAGUGAGGAGCAGAAGCAGGGCACGGGCAUAUCACUGCCCGUCUCCUCCCCACCCCCCGGCACGCGCACACAGUUUUAUGCCUCUCUGCCCCUGCUCCCCCCCUCUCUCCCACAGGUGUCUUCUUUUUUGAUACUGGAAGUAUGGUAACCCUAGCUAAGAUGAUACACUUAUACUUCCCAGUGAAACAUGCAGUGCCCUUGUCCUUUGACUGUGAUGUCAUUUCCCUUUGUUUGUUCUUAGAUUUUUCUCUCUGGAAAUGCUUCCUAUAGUUUCCUGCAUGUCAGAACUGUUCAGUUUAUUUUUCUUUCACACGUUACCCCUAGCUUUUUCUAUACUUUCACUUGUGGAUGUUUUAGUGAGUAAAUUUAGCAGACUGGUUCCCUGAUAGGAUGGGAGUAAUUUUUUUCAAUUCAUUGUACUCUGGUAGUCUGCAGAAAAGUAGUGAUUGCUUGGAUAAUGUAGUUCCUAUUUAACAUUAAUAAAUACUGCAUACACCGAUGAAAACACACACCUUCAUAGAAGUCUUUCCAAUCAGCCCUAUAUUUCACUUGACCAGAAAAAAUUGUGUGGAACUGCAAAAGUAUAAUAUUUCUUCAUGUUACUGUGUAUUGUGUUUAAGUUACUCUGCAACAUCAACUGCAUGAAUUGUAUGAAGAAUAUUAUGGGAGAUGCAUCUUGCUGCUGGGCAGUAUGUCCCAAAGAAAAUCUGUGAAUGUUUGUUUGGAUUUUAAGACAAGAAAAUAAUUCCAUUAGUGGCAAACUGUGGUUGGUGACUUGUAAGUGCUCACCAUAUGAAUUUAUUUUUAAAUAACUGUUUUAAGUGCCUUUUGACCAGUUUUUUUUUUAAGCAAUUAACUUAAUUUGAGAAUUGCACAAAUAAAGUAAGUUGUCUCACACAAA